ACCAAAAAAUAGAAGAGUAAAAUAUAUGGAUAGGAUAGGAAGAAGAUAGAGGCGAGGGAGAGGAAGUUCUCUCUUAUUUCCAUUUUCCAAAAUGGCUUCUGCAACUGCAACACUUUCCACUCUCUGUUCUUCAUUCUCAACCCAUUGUUCAAUUUCACAAACCUUAACUAAAUCUCAUUUCUCAAUUUCACAACCUUUCUCUUCUCGUCUUCCUUCUCAAUCUUACAACCUCUCUUUCCAAUCCACUUUCUCACAACGCUUACCACUUUUUCCCAUUCCCAAAUCCACUGAAUCUGCUGUAGCAGAGGUUGAGUCUGAAUCUCAAGUUUCUCUUGCUCAGCCUGAGUCUGAAUCCACUGAAAUUGGUGAAUCACGGCCAUGGGAAAAGGGUCUUUUUGCAGUUGUAAUGAUUGGUGGACGCCAAUAUAUUGUUCACCCUGGGCGCUGGCUCGUUGUUCAGAGGCUCAAAGGUGCCAACGUUAACGACAAGAUUGCCCUGCAUAAGGUUUUACUGGUUGGCACAGAUACAUCCUGCUACAUUGGGCAACCAAUAGUAACAAAUGCUGUGGUAUAUGCAACAGUGGAAGAGCAGGGUUUAGACAAGAAAGUAAUUGUAUUCAAAUACAAACGAAAGAAGCACUACCGUAGAAUGAUUGGGCACAGACAGCCAAAUACACGCAUACGGAUAAAUAGCAUUAUGGGCUAUGAGAACUACCCAAAAGUUACUAUGGACGAUAUAAAGAAGCAACAGGAAUCACAGGAAUCAUCAUGAACAUUCCGUGCACUAUGUAGUGUUGUAUCUUCUUUCAUCUUUAACUAUUACCAAUCAUUUUGCCAUGGUUAGUUUUGCUUUUAUCAGGAAUGGAGUUGUUCAAAUGUUUUAUGUAGCUACUGUAUGUCAUAUUGUAAUAUUUUAAAUACAUUACUAUUUUCCAGUCUCCAAAUGUCACUCCAAUUCCUACUAUGAAGAGCUUGUUUUCUUUGAA